AUGAGUGAUCUUGCAGCAGAGUACUCCAUUUGUCCUUCUAAAAAGGAAGGCGGUAUACUUGGAUGGGUCAAAGUGGGUCAAAUGGUACCAGAGUUUGAGGAAGCUGCGUUUGGAGCAGAGCCAAAUCAUGUGGUGAAGUGUAAAACCCAAUUUGGCUGGCACCUAUUGCAAGUUCUAUCCGAGAGGGAACCUGUGAAAGAUAUUCAGGUGGAGGAGCUGCAUUCCAAAAUGCAAGAUCCAGUUUUCAUGGAAGAGGCUCAGUUAAUUGAUGUCAGAGAACCUGACGAGAUAGCCAAGGCAUCGUUACCAGGAUUCCAAGUGUUCCCUCUCCGCCAAUUCGGAACCUGGGCACCAGACAUCACUACAAAGCUGAACCCUGAGAAGGAUGUAUUCGUCUUGUGUAAGGUUGGUGGCAGGUCGUUGCAGGUUGCAAACUGGUUGCAGUCGCAGGGCUUCAAGAGUGUGUACAAUGUGGCUGGUGGGAUACUAGCCUAUUCUCGUAAGGUUGACCCAUCAAUCCCUACUUACUGA